GCGCUAGAGUGGCGUCGGCUGCGGUUCCCUUUCCCGGCGGGCGGAUGGACGGGCCCCCUGCGGCCUUGGGCAGCGGCGACGGCAGCGCAGAGGAUUUGGAACUGAGCGCUAAGACCACAGAGGAAGCUCCCGGAGAGACCGUUGCAGGAAAAGCACGCUCCCCAGAGUUGGAGCCUAGGACUAAAAACAAAGAGGCAACUCCAAAGGAGAUCAUAAUAGGUGAAGAAUCCUCCUCAUUGGUGAAAGUUGAAAGACUCAAAAGGGCAAACUUUUAUUACUCUACGCCUGGGGAAUUUGGGGAAGGUGAGAAGUUGGAAAAGCGUCAGCCAGCAAAACAGGAGAGUGAGGUAAGAAUGAUUAAACGGCAGAAGAUUCCAACUGGAAAGAAAGUUUAUAAGUGUAAAGAAUGUGGCUUCAGUCACAGCUCAACCUUUGUUAAUCACAAGAAGAUUCACAUGGGAAAAAAGCCUUAUAAAUAUAAAGAAUAUGGGAAAACCUUCCCUCGAUUCUCAAGGCUCGCUCUACAUAAGAAGAUCCAUGCUAAAGGAAAUGUUUAUAAAUGUAAUGAAUGUGGGAAAACGUUUACUCAAAAUUCAGUUCUUCUUCUACAUCAAAGGAUGCAUACUGGAGAGAAGCCAUAUAAGUGUGAGGAAUGUGGGAAAGCCUUCAUUUACAAUUCAAGCCGUGCUAAACAUCUGAAGAUUCAUACUGGAGAAAAGCCUUAUAAAUGUAAUGAAUGUGGGAAAGCCUUCAGGCAGAGUUCAGAUUUUGUUAGGCACCAGAGGAUCCAUACUAGAGACAAGUGUUAUAAAUGUAAAGAUUGUGGGAAGGCCUUCUCUAGCUUUCCAAAGGUCAUUCAUCAUCAGAAGAUCCAUACCAGAGUGAAUAUUUAUAAAUGUAAUGAAUGUGGAAAAGCAUUUGCUAAAAAUUCUGUCCUUCUUUUACAUCAAAAGAUACAUACUGGAGAGAAGCCAUAUAAAUGUGGUGAAUGUGGGAAAGCCUUUUUUUAUAAUUCAGGCCUUGUCAAGCAUCAGAAGAUCCACACUGAAGACAAGCCUUAUAAAUGUAAUGAAUGUGGAAAAGCCUUCAGACAGAGCUCAGAUGUUGUCAGGCACCAGAGGAUCCAUACUGGAGAGAAGCCUUUUAAAUGUAACGAAUGUGGAAGAGCCUUCAGUCAGAGCUCAGAUGUUGUUAAGCACCAGAGAAUCCAUAGUGGAGAGAGGCCUUAUAAGUGUGAUGAAUGUGGAAAAGCCUUUAUUCGAAGCUCAAGUCUUACUACACAUCGAAUGAUUCAUACUGGAGAAAAGCCUUAUAAGUGUGAACAAUGUGGCAAAGGCUAUCCUCAAUUAUCAAAGCUCACUCAACACCUGAAGAUCCAUGGUAGAGUGAAAACUUAUAAAUGUAACCAGUGUGGGAAAAUCUUUCCUCAAAGCACAAGCCUUGUUUUGCAUCAGCAGACUCAUAAGAGAGAGAAGUCUUAUAAAUGUAACGAAUGUGGGAAAGCCUUUGCCCAGAGGUCCCACCUAAACCAACAUUUGAAUACACAUACUGGAGAGAAGCCUCAUAAAUGUAAAGAAUGUGGGAAAGGCUUCAGUCAUGGCUCAAAUCUUAUUAAGCACCGAAGGAUUCAUACUGGAGGGAAACCAUAUAAAUGUGAUGAAUGUGGGAAAGCCUUCAGUCAAAGCUCAGCCCUUGUUAAGCACCAGAGAAUCCAUACUGGAGAAAAGCCUUAUACAUGUAAUGAAUGUGGGAAGGCCUUUAGGCAGAGCUCAAAUCUUAUUUCACAUCAAAUGAUACACACUGGAGAGAAGCCUUACAAAUGUAAUGAAUGUGGGAAAAGCUUCAGUCACAUCUCAGAUCUUGUUCGACACCAACGGAUCCAUACUGGAGAGAAACCUUAUAAAUGUAACGAAUGUGGCAAAGCCUUUAGUCAGAGCUCGGUCCUCGUUAAACACCAAAGGAUCCAUAGUGGAGAGAAGCCUUAUAAAUGCAACGAAUGUGGAAAAGCCUUUAUUCUGAGUUCAAGUCUUAUUGCCCAUCAGAUGAUCCAUACUGGAGAGAAGCCUUACAAAUGUGGUGAAUGUGGGAAAGGCUUCAUUGAGAGUUCAGCUCUUAUUGUCCAUCAGAGGAUUCACACUGGAGAGAAGCCUUAUACGUGCAAUGAGUGUGGGAAAGCUUUCACUCGGAGCUUAAACUUGAUUGUACAUCAGAUGAUCCAUACUGGAGAGAAGCCAUAUACGUGUAAUGAAUGUGGGAAAACCUUCAGUCAUGGAUCAGGCCUUGUUAAGCACCAGAGAAUUCAUACUGGAGAGAAUCCUUAUAAAUGUGAUGAAUGUGGGAAAGCCUUCAAGCAGAGCUCGAACCUUAUUCGACACCAGAAGAUUCACACUGGAGAGAAACCUUUUAAAUGUAAGGAAUGUGAGAAAUCCUUCACUCAGAGGUUCCACUUAAAAAAACAUCUGAAUACGCAUACCGGAGAGAAGCCUUAUAAAUGUAAGGAAUGUGGGAAGGGCUUCAAUCAUGAUUCAAACCUUAUUAAGCAUCGAAAGACCCAUUCUGGUGGAAAACCAUAUAAAUGUAAUGAAUGUGGGAAAGCAUUCAAAAAGUUAUCCGGAGUUUUCAAGCAUCAGAGCAUUCAUACUAAAGAAAAGCCUUAUAAAUGUGAGGUAUGUGAGAAAGCAUUUACUCAGAACUCAGUACUUAUCAGGCACCAGAAGACUCAUUCUGAAGAAACAAAUUAGCAGCAUUGUGAAAUCCUUUAUUCCAAGAUCCUAAUGUAUAUCCAAGGAUGCAUAUUGGAGAAAAUAAUUCUGAAUAUAAUCAAUGCAGGAAACCUUUAGUUAGUGUCCCCAACUUAACAUCAGAUGAUUCAUACUUCAUUGAACUCUUAGGAAGAAAUGAAAAUGGUAAAGUCUUGAUGGUUCCAGACCUUGUUUAAAACCAGAUGAAUCAUACUACUGCAAAGCCUUAUAAUUAUGAUUAUGGGACCUGUUCUAUGUCAUCAAAAAAUUCAUACUGGAGAGCAGCUUUAUAAGAGUCAAGAAGCAGGGGAUAAUGUUCAUAGACUUCUCACACUUUGUUCACCAUCUAGUUCAUACUGAGAAAAGAAAAAAAAAAGCCCAGUGACAAGGGCUGACAUUUCUCUAUGGCCUUUAAGGUUGACAAAAAGCUUGUCUCUUUUGAUCCUCACAACAACCUUGUAAGGUAGGCAGGUAGUAUUAGUAUUGCCAGUUUCCAGAUGAGAAAGCUGAGUGACUUGCCUACAGUCCCACAGCCAGUAUCCAAGGCCAGCCUUGAACUGAAGUCUAAUUUCAGCAUUUACCAUAACAGAACAAAUGACAACUAUAUUAAGAGCUCGGUGGCUCAGAAUUGACAUUUUAUCACGUUCCCACAAGUACCCUCCUUCCUCUAUUUCUUUAGCUUCUUUGUACAGUUUCCCUUAUUAGAUUGUGAACUCCUUGAGGCAAAGACUUAUUUUUUGUUUUCUUCUUUCUUUGUUUAAUUUAUUUCCUUGUUCCUUUGCUUCUUAAUUUUUCUUUCUUUUUUUCUUUCUCUUCCACUCCUCCAUUUCCCCUCCAACUCCCUUUUAAUUCCUUUCCUUCCUCUCUCCCUCCUUCCAUUACUCCAUCUCUUUUCCUCCUUCCCUCCCUCCCUCCCUUCUUCCUCUUUCCCUCCUUCCCUUUUUCCUCCUUCCUCUCCUUCCCUCCUUCCCUCCCUCUUUUCCUUCCUUCCUUCCCUCACUUAUUCCCUCCCUCCCUCCUUCCUUCUCUCCCUUUAUCCCUCCCUUAUUUCCUUCCUUCCUCCCUCCUUCUCUUCCUUUCUUCCUUCCUCCCUUCCUUUUUUCCUUCCUUUUCCCCCUUAAUACUUUCCACAGAGGACAUUAUGUCUUAGCUCCUUAAUAAAUGUGUUUAGCUUACCUUCCCACGAAUCCCCUAUGCCAAACUGUCCAAACAGGUCAUUGAGCAUGAUUUUAAAAUACAAUCUCAACAUAUUAGUGUCUGAAUAAUGAGAAGUAUCGUGCAGUGUUUACCUUGUAGCUCUUGAGAUCACUGUCACUCAUCCACACAAAACAUGAUUACAGUUUACUACACAAGACUUUUCAUAUGUCUGGAGUUGCUGAAAGAAUCACGUACAGAGGCUCUGCCUGUUAACACAACUCAUUUGCUUAUCCAUCGCAUGAAAAAGAGCUUCAAUAAGACUAUAUUCAUUGAUGAUAUUGUAUUGUGUGGAAAUUUACUUCUUCAUCUCCAUAAAGAGGUGUCUCAUUCUUAAGUGAAUAAUGUCAUCUAAUAGGUUUAUAUUCUAAACAAAUAAAAAAAAGGGGGGGGGGAAGGAGACCUUGGAUCUUGAUGUACCAACUUGUUUAUAUUAGCUUUUUGUUGUUGUGGGACAAAGUAGAAACUAAGAGUGUCUCCCUUCCUAUGGGAGAAUGGCUGAGCAAAUUGUAUCUGUAAAUGUAAACAAUACUGUUGUGCCAUGAGAAAUGAUGAAAUAGAAUCUUUUAGAAGAAACUGGGAAGACUUCUAUGACUAAUGAAGAAAAAAUUAAAUGGAGCUUGGAGAACAGUUUUUACAAUGAUAGUAUCAUUCAGAAAAACAGCAUGGACAGACUUUUAAACUGAUCAAUGCAAAGAUCAAUUACCAGUCCGGAAAAAAGAAGAGAAAAUAUAUCAUUCAGCUCUUGACAGAGAGGUGGUGAUGAACUUGCAAUAGAGACCUAUAUUUUGUUUUUGGAUGUGACCAAUGUGUUGUAUUGAUUUUACCCAUGUAGUUGUCUAUUGAGGACUUUCUUUUCUGUAUUGUAUUUGAUUUGCUUGACUAGAUUGGGGUGGGGGAAAUGGAGGUAGUAGGAACGAUGAAUUACAAGUUUUUUAAAGAAGUAAUAAAUUAUAUUUGUGUUCUAAUAUACAGCACUUAUUUCAGUACAAUAUAUUGUCCUACAGUGGUAUUGCUCUGAAUUAAAUCCAGGCAAAGAACCACACUGCCAAAGAGGGCACCCUUUGUCUUGUUACUUUAAAAGAUGUAUUUCAGGACACUGUCUUUAUAGAGUAGCAAUGAUAACUAUGUAUAUUGGAAGGAUUUGUUGGGAAAAAUGUGAAAUGCAGAAGCAUUUAAAGUGGACGGCGUUUGUAUUUUGAAGUUAAUGUAUUUGCAAGGUAUAUAUGAUGUACAAUAAAAUUAAAAGGUUUGGCAGAAA